AUGAAUCACUCACACCAACUCAUUCAUUCGAUUAUACAAAAGACAAAAACCCCCUAUCACCUCCUUUUUGCAAGAAGAUCAUACUCUAGUACUAGUACCACGAGUAGUAGUAAUCAUAAAUAUGAUAUAGUAAUAGUUGGAGGUGGUAUAGUUGGUACUGCAACAGCUAGAGAGUUGUUAAAUAGGUCUUAUCAACAACAAGUAGAUAACAAUAAUAACAACAACAACAACAAGAGACUGUCAGUUUGCAUUAUUGAAAAAGAGAAUGAUAUAGCUCCACAUCAAUCAUCACAUAACAGCGGUGUCAUUCAUUGUGGUAUUUACUACAAGACUGGUUCGAUUAGAGCUAGGCUAUGUGUUAAAGGUGCUGACAUGAUGUAUGACUAUUGUGAAAAGAAUAAUAUUCCACAUGAACGUUGUGGUAAGUUGAUUGUGGCCACUAGACAAGACGAGGUACCCAGACUAGAGGCGUUGAUGGCCAAUGGAAUUGAAAAUGGUGUCAAAGGACUGGCAAUGUACGACGGAGAGGCAAUGAAACAAUUCGAACCGCACAUCACCGGUGUUCGUGCCAUUCAUUCUCCCAACACUGGUAUUGUAGAUUUCAAAGUCGUUACAAACUCCUUUGCCAAUGAUGUAAAGAAGAAUGGUGGAAAUAUAUUAUUUGGUUUUGAAGCAACUCAAUUUGAUUUUAAUCAUCAACAAUCUAAUCAACAACAACAACAAGAGACUGACAGAAGAAGCAUUAAAAUCAAAUCAAAAGAUGGUAGAACUAUUGAAUCAAAAUAUUUAAUUACUUGUGCUGGAAUGUAUAGUGAUAAAGUAUCAAAAUUAUCAUUUGGUAGUAAUGAACCAUCUAUUGUACCAUUUAGAGGACACUUUUUAAAAUUUAAACCAGAAUAUAGUCAUUUAAUUAAAGGGAUGGUAUAUCCAGUACCAAACCCAGAAUUUCCAUUCUUGGGAGUACAUUUUACUAAAAAGAUAAAUGGUGAUGUUUGGUUGGGACCAAAUGCGGUAUUGGCAUUUUCAAGAGAAGGUUAUAGUUACAAAGACUUUAGAUUAAAGGAUUUUAUAGAGUUUCUAGGUAAUAGAGGAUUACAAAAGAUGGCACUCAAACACUUUAGCUAUGGAGUAGGUGAGCUACUAAGAGACAUUUUCCCAUCGAGAUUCCUCGAACAUUGUAAACCAUUCAUGCCAUCCAUUCAUAUUGACCAAGUGGUCAGUGGCGCUAGUGGUGUCAGAGCCAUGGCCAUUGACAAUGAAACUGGUAAACUAAUCGAUGACUUUAUAUUCGAUGCUCCAGCACAAGGAAAACAUGGUGUACUCCAUGUCCGUAACUCUCCCUCCCCAUCCGCAACAUCAUCUCUUGCCAUUGCAAUUGAAAUUGUUGAUAAAGCCGAAAAGGGACUAAAACGAGAAGGCUCUUCCUCUUCACUCAAUGGAGGCAAGAGUAAUUCUCUAAAGAGUCAAUCAUCGUCAUCAUCGCUUCCACCUGGUCCAACCUCUAUAUCAUAUCUCCAAUCCCCACAUGGAGGUAUGUUACCAACGGCAGCUUCAUCUCCAUCGUUGACUAUACCAGGUAGCGGUGGUGGUCUUGGCGGUAGUGCCUCUUCAACCACAUUGUCAUCUGCCAACACCACACCCACUAUCAACAGAUCAUCAAGUAAUCUAUCUGUCAAGUUUCAAGAUACCAUUACAAUCAAUGAACCAAAUACAAAUGAUCCUGCUCUAUCUACUUUUAAUAGACCUAGAACAAGUACAUUAAAACAAGAAAAAAAGGAAAGAUUUAGUUUUAUAACUAGGUCAUUGAGAAAAUCUAAACUUAAUCUAUUGGAAGAUCCAAAUAAUGCUGCUGCUGAUAAUAAUGCAUCGUCUACUUCGAAUAAUAAUAAUAAUAAUAAUGGUACGGAUGACCAUCAUAGUACUGGUGGUGCACCUGAUCAUGGUAUGUCGUUACGAGACUCAUCUUCGUCUAUUACUUCGAUUAGUUCGGCCACUUCGUUCAACUCUUCGGAAAAGAAGUCUCGACGAAAUAGUAUUUUUGUAAGACUGUUGAAUCGUAAAUCCAGAGAUAUGUCUCAUAUAACAGAAGAGGAUUUUGUUAAUGACCACCAUAUUAGUAGUGAUGGUGCAUCUUCUGGAAUUCAACAACAUGGUCAUGGUGGUCACCACCUGAUGCAUACGUCAAGUACAAGCGAUCUUGGACGUACUUUGCAUCAUCACCAUGGUCACCAUCAUCAUCACCUCAAAGAGCGGUCAGCGUCAGCUAUCAACAUCUCGACGGCCAUGACACCUCCACCUAAUAUUCUAGUGUCGACAUACGACCCUACCGUCAAGGAGCAAGAGACCAACGAGCUGCGUAGUCAGCUGAGUGAGGCCAACAACCAACUCUCAACACUACGUGUCAAAGAGACUGAAUGGCGCAAGGAAAAGGAAGAGUUGAUUCGAAAGAUACAGUUGUUGUCAACAACCAGCCAAACAGCCUCUAGUUCGCCAUCCACCUCGUUUAGUGGGUUCCACAGUCUCCAACACCACCACCACCACAACUUUUUCCACGACCUUCAUUCACAUUUGGAUUCAGCGUCGACUAGCUCACCAUCCAUGUCAAAGUCGCCGUCUAUCCAAUCACUCUCACUCGAGGUGUCUAGCUCUGUGGCGCCCCUCUCGCUCUCAUCCUCGUCCGUGUCAUUCUCGACCGUUGGCACGAGUGCCACCACUCCCAACCCAUCGCCGCCACUCCCACGUCGCCAAAAUAACCGAAAUAGAUACACUGUCGCUAUUCCCAAGUGGGACGAGUCAAUGAAUUUCAACGGGAGUCCUUUUGAGCGUUUGGUCGAAGUUCUCAAAAACAGUUGUGAGAUUUUCCCAUCCGAUUCAAAUCUUAUGAAUGUGAUUGCCGGUAGUCCAGGUUCCUCUUCUUUCUCAUUGCUUGCUUCUUCACUUCAACACAGCCAAACCGCUCACUCUCAAGAAUCAUCAUCACAACAAAUCGCUAGUGCAGCAGAGUCUGUCAAGUCGCCAAGAAAGCCAUCAAUGGGUGCACACCAACCCAGUGCUGGUGGUGCUGGUCAUUCAGAUCAAUCGACAGCUACUGAUGGCAUUAAAGCAUCAACAUCCAACGACUCUAUCAAUGAGGAAAAGAUGCUCAAGCAACACAUUCUAUCGAUCAGUCUAAAGAAAAUGGUUGCCAAGCUUAUAGGUGAGAAUACAGAAUCCUCUGCAGUCUUUAAAACAUUUUUCUCAACCUAUGAAUGUAUAUAUACCUCUGAAGAUAUUUUAAUUGCUUUAAUUGAACAAUAUCAAAUUGAAAGUCCACAAUCAAAGAUUAGAAUUUGUACAAUAUUAAAAAGUUGGUUACAAAGUAAUCCUAUAUCAUCACUUUCCAACAUUGACUUUGUCAAUCGAUUCAAAGAGUUUUUGGUCGAUAUUCGAAACACAGACAAGGAGUCACAAGACUACAACUUUUCAAAGAUUAUUGAGGUGUGCAACCAAAUUGCCUAUAUACUCGAGACCAAGAUAUUGGAAAGAGGUGGCAUGCCAAUGUACAGUAGGGGAUUUGCCGAGGCAGAGAAAUCAUACGUAUCCAAGAAAUCCAAGCAAAAGAUCAAAGCGUACCUAUCAACCUCACUUAAACACACUAGAACCUUUCCAGAUAUUGAAGAGGAUAUCGACGAUACGUCAUCGAUUUGUGAUGUCAGUGACACUACGAGUCAAUCCAAUUUGGAGAGCUCGUCACCACCACCAUCACCAACAAUGGGGCUCUCCAAGGCCGAUCGUGUCAACCAAUUGUUGCCAACUGGGCACCUCAGCUCUAGUGCCAUCGACCACCAUCACUCACCAUCACAUGAUUUCCCAGUGCGAGUUGAAACCAGACCUCGGUCAUCUACAUGGUCCACAUCUGAUAUCUUCCUCUCCAUCAUGGAUGCUCCCGCCAAAGAGAUUGCCAAAUCCAUUACAGUUGUAGACUAUAGUAUAUUUAUUUGUGUUGAGCCAUCGGAAUUGAUGAAUGGAGUGUGGGGUAAACCACAACACAAGGACAAGGCAAUGAACAUUUCAAAACUAAUUGCUAGAUUCAAUGAAAUCUCAAUGAAUGUCAUUCAAACCAUUCUCAAUGAAACUAAAUUAAAGGAUCGUUGUAAAGUUAUGGCUAAAUUUAUUAAAAUUGCAAAGUAUUUACAUGAACUUCGUAAUUAUAAUUCAAUGAUGGCAAUUUAUGCAGGUAUAUCGCAUUCAGCAGUUGUUAGAUUAAAAUGGACAAGAAAGAUUUUACCAAAGACUAGUCAAAAGACAUUACAAGAUUUGGAAAGGUUGAUGGAAAAUGAAGAAAACUUUAAAAAUUAUCGUACUGAAUUAAAAACUAUUACUACUCCUUGUAUACCAUUUUUUGGAUUGAUUUUAUCAGAUUUAACAUUCAUUCAAGAAGGAAAUCCAGAUUAUAUUGGUACAGAUGAUAGUAAUUGGACAUUAAAUCUUACAAAGUUAAAGAUGGUCUAUAAUUGUAUAAAACAAAUCCAACUAUACCAAAAGAAUCAUUAUCUCAUGAAUGCCGAUCCAAGAUUGACACUUUUAUUAACUCCAAAUCUUAAUAUUUUUGGUGAACCAAUUAAUAAUUCAUUUUUAAAUAUUCCUAAAACUAAUAGUAAUAAUCAAUCAAAUAAUACUACAACUACAACUACUACAUCUACAGCUACCACGACUACAACUACUACACCAAUUAAUAAUAGUUUAGUAAACCUUAAUAAUAGUAAUAGUGAUAUCAAACCAUUAAUUCCAAAACCAGAUAAUUUGGAUGAAAAGGAUGGUGUAGAGGAAGAAGAAGAGGAAUCAGAUGAUGAUGAAGAAGAUUUAUCAGAUGAGGAUCAUCAUCAAGAAACAAACCAACAAAAUGAAUCAGAUGAUAAUCAUAAGAAUAGAUUAGAUGAAACAAAGAAAUUAAGUUUCACAUUGGAUGGCGAUCAAUUGAAAAAACAAUAUUCUUAUAAUACUUGGAGUCCAAAGAAAUCUAUUACUCCACCACCCUCUAUAAACUCUCUCAAGAGUCCACUUGGCCGUCUUAAAAAGGUUGAAAGAAUUCUACCAUCUUCACCACGGUCUCCUACUACCAAUACUAGUCCAGACAAUAAUAAUAAUAAUACCACUCCAAGAGGAGUUUAUACUACUCCCACAAUUACAGCUACGACUGCAUUAUCACUUUCACUCUCAACCACAACUCCACCACCAUCUCCACCACCAUCAUCAUCAUCACAACCACAACCACAACAACAACUCUCACGUCCAUCACUCUUUUUUGAUAGAAUUAAUUCUAGAUCUAGAUCACCUUCACCAUCUGUUACAGGGUCAUCUUCUGCACAAGGUUCUCCAUCAUCCUCAUCGAUUAAUACAUCUACUGCCAACCUUUUAUCAACUUCAGUUGAUGGAAGUGCUGCACUCGGGGGGGCAGGAGGAGAUUCAACCAACCCCACUACCACCUCUACUACAACCACGACAGCCGAAGCAUCAUUAGGAAAGAAACCAAUUGGAAGAAGAAAGAGUGUUAGUACCAAUAAUAUCUUUUCCAUUCUCUCACCCAAAGAUACUCAAGGUCACCACUACUAUGUCUCAAAGAAAUCACAUAGCAGAAGUUCAUCGGUGGCAGGCACACCAGGAAGUGCCGGUAAUAGUAAUCCAUCCUCACUUCCAGCAACCCCACCAAAUGCACUAGUCAGUGGUAAUUCAUCUCCAUCUCCAACUCCCCCUGUCACAGUUACCAACACCCAUACCAAUAAUAAUAUCACACCACCACACAACGCAACCAAUCAAAUGACUGGAGGACACAACAACAACAACAACCCACACCAUAGUUUCUCAAUUGUAGCAGCCAAACGAAAGAGUAUUUCCUUGGAACGCCCACCCCAUCUAUUUAAACCAAUGACCGACGAAGGUUUAUUUUCUCUAUCUCUUAAACUCGAACCAAGAGGUGUUAAAUAUCAAGAUUUAAUUUAA